AUGCCUUGUUGAUGCUAGAGGUCAGAGAAGGGUAUUAAGUAUGGUGUUCCUAAUAAUCCUUUAGGUGAGUGUAUUUUUGGAUUACCAUAGUGCUCUCUUUUGGUUUUCAAAUUUUCUGCAUCAGAAUUUGAACAAAAAAAAAAAAAAAAAAAAAAGAUGCUCUUGCAACAUAUAGGGGAGCCAUGGUUACAGUAUAUUGCCCCAGCAGACUUGACCAUUGCCCUCGUCUCAAGCUGAUUUACUAAAAUUAGAGCCAUACAUGAACAGUGUUCUCUUGCUGUUGGCUGGACACCAGGUCCAAAGGCCAUUGUUCUCCUUAUACAUUUACAAGACAAUCCAAACUCUGAAUCCUGGUUGGCAUUAAUAAGACAAGAUGGUUUAUCCUACUUCUGUUUAGUUCUAUUAAUAUAUUAUAUUUAUAUUCCUAUCAUUAAGGCAGCCCUUGGCUCAGAAGUUUUCAGCUCAGUGCUCCUUUUCCUACUUAUCCCUACUGUCUUUCUCACCUAUACCUACCCUUUUUUGCUAUUAUCAUUAUAUGAAAGUAACUUUACUGGUAACUAGAUUCAGUGUGUGAAGACACGCAUUUGGUAAUGCCUAUAAUCCGGCCAGAAACCCUGCCCUUUACUGUAAGAUCUUAUUUAUGAAACCACUGAUAAUGUUAGACAGUACAAUGUUUUAGGGCUGAACUAUCAUUUCUUCAGAUGAACUUUGUCUCUUCCCAUCCUUGGUUUAGAAAUCUCCAGGCACAGAUGGGAGGUAGGUAUUAAGUCAAAGUUAGAAUUUUGUGCCAGUUAGUGUCUAACUCAUCUGAUUAUGUCUGAUUAAUUAUUAUCCUUAUACUUAAAUGAUGUGCUAUUUUGACAGGCACUAUGAGGAUGUCAAUGCAUCUAAGGCACCUAAGUUAGAAUAUAUUCUUUAUGAGGCAAAAUUAGUUGUUUCCCUCCUUACUAUUACUUCUUUAUUACUUGUCAACUAAAAAUGAGUUUUGUGAUUUGUUACCAUUCGUACCUUUUAUGUGUUUAUUAGUUUUAUGACUCUAAUCUUAGGGAAAGAUAUAUCACAAAUAAGAAAUUAGAGGUCACCAUACAUAAAUAAUGCGGUUAUAUAUAUUUAAUGUUUAAGGGUAGUAAUCUUUAUCUGGAAAACCACAGGUCUGAGCAUCUUUAGAAGCGUAACAUUCACACCUUGAUAAAUAUGCUUCUGAAAAACCCAUAGGAAUAAAUAGAACAUUUAUUAAGCUCUAAACUCAAAUUUUGCUUAAUCUGCCCCAAAGUGUGACUUUUUUGUAGUCAUGACUAUAUAUAAACAUGUAAAUACUUUUGAUGACUGUUUUACUAACUUCUGCUCGGUCACACCAUGGGUGCUCGUUGUUCCUUUAUUGAACCAUUAACUCGCAAACAUUAUUUAGUGUAAGGUUCCUCUGGUUUGGGUAAGGGUCCUCUUACGCUGUAAACUGACUGCUUGUUUUAGUCCACAAUUUAAAGAUUUGUCUGUUACUUUUUUGUCUAUUAUAUUUGAACUAGCAAAGUACCUUUUUUUUUUUUUUUUUUUUUAACAAAUCCAUUUAAACAGACAACAAGUAUUGCUGCUAUGACACAGGCAAGCAUUUGCCAUUUGCUUGGACCACUGGCAAUAAUCAUCCAGAGUAACUUUUAAGUACUCACUUGUUUGAGCAAACAUACAUUUUUUUUCUUAAAAGGGAGAUAAACAAACAUGUGGAACAACUCAUCUUGCCUCUAUCCUAGAACAUUUUCUACCAUUGGCCUGCCGAUAAUUUACUCUAUAAUGUUUGUACUCAGUGUUUUUGGAAAUCUGGUGUGUCUCUGGAUAUUUACCAAAUUUACGAGUAAAAAAACAUCAACGCAUAUCUAUUUAAUCAAUCUCACCAUUUCAAAUAUCCUGGUGUCUGCUGGCAUGCCCUUUCAAGCCGCUUAUUAUCUGAAAGUCCAAUAUAUGCCUUACAGUUCUACAGAAUGUCGUUUUUUAACCCAAUUUGGAAACCUUUUAACUCACAGCAGUAUGUGUGUGAGCAUUAUCCUUUUGUGUUGGAUUGCCAUCAGUAGAUACGCCAUCUUAGUGAAACAUGAUGAAAUGACACAGAGCGUGAAGCAAACACCUUAUGAGAAAAUCCUUUUUGGAAAGUUCCUUAAGUCUUUUCGUAACCCUAAAUUUGCCCGCUAUCUUUGCAUUGGUAUAUGGAUCGCAGUUGCAUGUCCAAAUGUUUAUCUUGUAACAGUUACCACUGAUCAUGCUUCAAAUAAACUUUGCUUUAAUGAAGAAGUUGAGAUUGGGAAAUCACACGUAGUGAUCUCUUCAAGAGUAGAACUAGCCUUUUUUUUCUUGUUUGCACUGACAGUAAUACUAUUUUACUGCUUUUUCAUUAACUAUAUAAAGACACUGCAAGCAAAUAGCUGCAUUGAUGGAAAAUUUCUGAUAUACAGAAAAGUGAAGAGAAACAUUGUGGCCAUAAUGGCGUUACUACUCAUCUGCUUUGCACCGUAUCAUUUAUCCAAACUUUUUAUUUAUGGACUAGUGACUGUUAAAGAUUGCCAACUACUGAAUAUUUCUUUGGAGAUAAAAAAUAUUUGUCUCUGUCUUGCUGAAUUCAGAAGUUGUUGUGAUCCUAUUAUGUAUUUCUGUCUAGAUGAUAAUUUUAAGAGAAAUUUUCAAACUCUCUUUAAAAAGAAACCAGAUGGCAGUUCAACUCAACUACAGGCAACAAAUAUAACACCAGUCUGAAAAAGAAUAAACAACAAGGGUAGCUGGCUAUCAGUCAUAGGAUGCUCCAACCUCUAAUAGACCACAAGAACAGAAGUCAUUUUGUUAUUUUGGAAGACAAAGAUUAAAAAGGAAGUAGAUAGUAAAUUAGUAAUCUGUACAUUUUAUCAAUCCAUACAGACAAGAGCACUUACAUUUUAUAUUUGGAUGUAUAUAAUAACAGUAGACUUUUUUUUUUUA